AUGGUGACAGAGGAGCCUGUCCGCAUGUACCGUGGCAUUGAAGAGUCCGGGGAAGGUUCUGUCGAGUUAUGGCACGACUACUUCAGUGUACCCCAGUGGUCAGACGGCCUCAAGGGCAACAUUCUGCUGAUGAUACAUGAGAUCUUUCAUCAGGCGGAUGUUACAGUCGUCUACCUGUAUGAUGUUUUACCGAGGCUAUUCAGCCAGAUCACAAAGGGAAGAACCUCAAUGGAGCGUCUGUCGGCCAUCACCGGAGUUUGCAAGGCUCGCUGGUUCAAACGCAUGUGGACGGCCAUGGAGUUCGUACGCAGCAGAGCCGUCAGGAUUAUGACUGCGGACUAUCACCUUACAAAAGAUACAGGCGAUCCUAUGUUGCUUCAGACACUUGAGACUCAGUUCUACGAAGAAGUUCAAGAGCACUUUGGGGGCAACGUUUAUAGGGUCCAAGAUGUGGUCCACAUGGACGCUGGAAACCUGAUACCAUGGUGUCUCGGCCCUCUCAGAGAAACUCGGUCGUCCCAGCCCGCCAUCUUCGGAAUGGCGUUCUCCUUGCUAUCUAAACGACUUUACCGCGAGGAUACCGACUUCUUACAUGCCCUCCGAGGCAUCACGGGAAUUCGGCAAGAGCCUUCCACCAGAGACUUCUAUGAAGAGCUGCUUUGGGUAGCUAAGGAGCGCCUUUUGGCCGGCGACUACAGCCCUCUGCUUAUGACUCCGAAGUUGGUCAUAUACGAUCGGCGCUUGGAUCCGAACGAGGCAUAUAAUUUCAACGACCUGUGGACGUGGGAUUUUGGGGAUCAGGUCAGCCCACCUACUUAUGGUCGACCUUCGCUUGGGUCACAGGACCAUACACUUUGGGCCAAGCUCGAGACGAUUGGUCUUGUUCAGAUGAUAUCAGAGCCUGUUGGAUUUGGUAAUGAUGUGUGGCACCUCAAGUCGUCUAUUGACAUGACCCUCACCGUUACGGGACCUGACUUGGAACCUUUCGUGGAGACUUUGGGAUCAAGGAUUUACGGAGCAGAUAAGCACGCCAUCAUGAAGCAUCUCAAAGACAACGAUCUCGUUGACCCAAUGAAGGAAGCUCUUCUAGUACAUCAUGAGGGAUGCCGGCAAUGGAGGGGUUGGUGGGUGAAGUCUCUUGGGCUAAGUGGCGACGACAUCAUCCGGUGGUUUGCCGAUGCCCUUACAUUGACCAAGCCUAUCGAAGGUCUGGGCCAGACUCACAUGUAUUCCGUCGGUGGAAAGUUUGGCCCGAUGCACUGUGGCCCUCACAUGUACUUUGCGACGAUUUGCUGCGAGCAUUGCCACAAGACAGCGCUUUUCCGCGUUGGUCUAUUUGCCCCUAAAUAUGAAGCUCGCGGGGCUAGGGCGUGGAGAAUUCCAGGACUACAGUACAGCAUGUCGCAUCACAACGGGAUGGCGUUCUUGGAGAAAGACGGCCGGAUUGUUGGUCGGAUGAUGUGGGCGACUCCAGCUUGCAAUUGCCGGAAGGCAGAGGUUGUUGAGUUGCAUAUGCCCCAAAUCCCUGACCCGAGCAAGUACCCCAAGUGGGAGAUGUGA